AUGGCCCAAGAUAAUUGGGGUAAUAACGCUCAAGGCCUUGAUAACACCGACGUCUCUUGGUCUCAGGCACCAACAAAUAAGUCAAAUACCUUACAACCAGAAAACAGCUGGGGAACGCCAGUCGGAUCUGUUAGAACUAACGCUCCCUCUGAAAACAGUUUGGGUGUCAAGAAAACCAAUGAUCCCACCCAUGAUUCAUGGGGACCUAAUAAAUCAGAAAAUUCGUGGGUUUCAAGAAAUGACAUUGUCAAAGUCGAUCAAUCAUGGGCAAAGAAAUCCUCACCUAAAGAAGCCCCACUUAUAGAAGAACCCACAAAAUCAUCAGAUAAUGAACCUCCUCCUAAUAUCGUAGAUUUAGGUUCCCCAUUAAAUCUUGAUUAUCAACGCGAGGAGGAAGAGGAGGAAUUAACCAGUCUUGCAUUACAGGCUGGUAUCCAACAAUCUUACGACUUCUUAAAGAUUGAAAAAAAACUACAACAACACAUAUUGGAUGAUGAACAUUGGGACCCCAAUUACCGUAAUGUUCAUACCUUGAAUAUAUCACAAUCGAGUAAUUCAGUUUCUUCACCUUCAAAAGAUGAAAUACAAUGUGAAAUACCAAAUGUAUGUAAUGAAAAAGAUAAUUUUGAACCAAUAAUCGUUGAAUCAAAAGUUGAACCAAUAAUUGUUGAACCAUUAAUUGUUGAAACAUUAACAUCAUCCACAUCUCAAGAAUUGCAUGAAAAGAAAUUCCGUGAUGUUGAAGUUCAAACGGACCCAAUUGAUUUGUCAAAGAUCAUUGCGUCAAAAGAAAAAUUGUUAUCCUGUAUAAUCGAUUCACAAAUUGAAAAUUUUCAUCAAUCGAUAUCACAAGAUCUAUCUAACGCAAUUACUAACGGUCAUCCGGUUGCCGCUUCUCAUCAAACACCUUCACAAAAUAAUAAUUGGGGUACCACUCUUCAAAAAACGCCUUCACAAAAUAUUAAUCGAGAUGCCGCUCCUCAGCCAACACCUUCACAAGAUAUUGAAUGGACCACUCCUCAACAAACAACUUCACAAAAUAAUUGGGGUACCGCUUCUCAAAUAACACCUUCACAAAAUAUUGGUUGGGGUUCCGUUUCUCAGCCAACACCUUCACAAAACAAUAAUUGGGGCACCGCACCUUUACAAGCUAAUAAUUUGAAUACUGCUACUCAACAGGCGCCGUCUCAAAAUAACAAUUUGGGUACCUCUCAAAAAAUACUUUCGCCAAACAAUAACUUUAGUUCGGUUUCUCAACAGACAUUUACACCAAAUGAUAAUUUUGGUACUGCUCUUCAACAAAAACCCGAACAAAAUGAUAGUUUUGACACUGCUUCUCGACAAACACCCGAACCAAAUGAUAGUUUUGGUACUGCUCCUCAAGAAACACUUGAACCAAUUGAUAACUUUAAUACUGCACCUCAACAAACGCCUGCACUAAAUGAUCAUUUGGAUCCUGUACCAGCGCAGAACAACGAUAGUUGGAUUGUUUCUCAAAAUAAUUCAACACAAAAUGAUAAUUUGGGUACGGUACCUCAGAAAACACCUACAAAUAAUGAUAAUUGGGGUACAGAUCCUCAAAAAGCACCUGCACAAAAUGUUGGUUGGAAUGUCACUCCUCAAGCACCUGCACAGAACAUUGAUUGGAGCACCACUCCUCAAGCGCCCGCACAAAACGUUAGCUUAGGUAUUGAUCUUCAACAAACACUAAAUUCAAAUGAUGAUCUGGAUAUUGAUUCUCAAAAGAUACCCAUACAAACUGAUAGUUAUAUUACUGUUUCCAAUAACACACCCUGCCUUGUUACUGAUCCUCAAAAAACACCAAUAGAAGAUGAUAGUUGGGUUACUACUACUACCACCACCUCAACACAAAACGAUAGCUGGAUUACUACUACAUCUCAAAAAACCUCCGCACAAAGUAAUGAGCAACAGACACCGGUACAAAACGAUAGUUGGGUUACUACUAAUCAACAAACUUCUGAUCAAAAUAUCGCACCAAAUAAUGGUUGGAGUGUCAUCCCUCCACCUGCUCAAGAUGAUAGUUGGGUUACUACUCAACAAUCUUCUCAAAAAUCUUCCCAACAAAUUCCUCUAAAAACUCCCGCACCAAUUCCCCAGUCUCCCCAAAAAACUCCCGCACAAAGUAAAGGUUGGAGUGCCAUCCCUCCUCCUGCUCAGGAUGUUGGUUGGAGUAAUACUGCUCCUCAACAAACUCCUCAACAAACUCCCGCACCAAUUCCCCAGUCUCCCCAAAAAACUUCCGCACAAAAUAAUGGUUGGGCUGUCAUCCCUCCACCAGUUCAUGAUGUUGGUUGGGGUUCUGCUGCUCCUCAAAAAACUCAACAAAAAACUCCUCAACAAAUUCCUCAACAAAUUCCCCAGUCUCCACAAAAUACUCCCGCACAAAAUAAUGGUUGGGCUGUCAUCCCUCCACCAGUUCAUGAUGUUGGUUGGGGUUCUGCUGCUCCUCAACAAACUCCUCAACAAAUUCCUCAACAAAUUCCCCCGUCUCCCCAAAAAACUCCCGUACAAAAUAAUGGUUGGGCUGUCAUCCCUCCACCAGUUCACGAUGUUGGUUGGGGUGCUGCUAUUCCUCAAAAAGCACCUGUUAAGCCGCUACAAGAAGCUCCAAAAUCAAAUGAAAAAUGGGGUGCAACGAACAAAGGGAAUGCUACAGCCAAUCAGCCUGAACAGCAAAAUGUAGUUGAUUCAUGGGGUGGAAAUCCUUCUAAACCCUCAGACUCGUCGAAUGACUGGACCAAACAGGCGGCUUUAUUUGCCAAGGAGUUAGGAGUAAGCAAUGAAAUAAAAGAAACACCAUGGGGGCAAUCGAAUAAUGAUAAAGUGGAAGAUUCGUAUGGUGGUUCGUAUGGUGAUUCAUAUGGUGGGAGCGCAAAUAAUUCUUAUGAUAAUAAUCGUCAUGGAAGCCGUGAAUGUCGAAACUGCGGACAAGAAGGUCAUUUUGCUCGUGAAUGUCGUGAGAAGAAACAAGGUUACGGUGGUGGUAGCGGUUACGAGAUUGUACCGAAAGCGACGGGUACGGCGGUGGAUACGGUAGCGCAAAAACGUGCCACAAAUGCGGCAAGGAAGGACACUUCUCCAGAGAUUGUACCGAAGGCGGCGGAUAUGGUGGUGGAUAUGGUGGUGCAAAAACGUGUCAUAAAUGCGGCAAGGAAGGACACAUCUCCAGAGAUUGUACCGAAGGCGGUGGAUACGGCGGUGGAUACGCUAGUGCAAAAACGUGUCACAAAUGCGGUAAGGAAGGACACUUCUCCAGAGAUUGUACCGAAGGCGGCGGCGGGUACGGUGGUGGAUACGGUGGUGCAAAAACGUGUCACAAAUGCGGCAAAGAAGGACACUUCUCCAGAGAUUGUACCGAAGAAAGUAGUAGAGGUGCAUAUGGCGGAGGAUAUGGCGGAAGUUAUAACAACGGCGGUAGUGUUUGGUGUCUAUAAGUGUAAUAAACCAGGUCAUCGUCCACAAGAUUGUAAAGAGGAUGCGCAUGAAACCACAGAGGAUGAUGGUGGUUAUGGUGGCUAUGGCGGUUACGGUGGUAAAGGUGGAAGCAUCACUUGUUACAAAUGCAAACAACCUGGACAUCGUUCUUCUGAAUGUACCGAAGAAGGUGGAUUCAGCGGUGCUCCAUCACGACCUCGUCCGACAACUCAUAGUCCAUUUUCUAAUUCUAAACAUCCCGAUAUUUCAUCUGAAGAGGCAUGGCAAAGAUUACUUGAAGCUGAUAAAUCAAAAGAUGCCGAUGAUUUCAAAGAAGCGUUUGAAAUAUACGCAAAGACGGCUCCAGAGGAUACGUUCCAGUCGAUUGAAAAGAAACUAAGAGAUUCAAAAUGUAAUGGCAGAAUUGUUGCAUUGGAACGCGCGGAAAUACCAUUUACUCAGGUUUUAGUAGAUCUUCAGGGAAAUAUCAAAGAAAAAUAUGUCGCUAGGAUAAUAAUGGGCCAGCCGUCCCGUCUCGCUCGUACAGCCGGGAAUCGCGCUCAAAAUGAGGAGGAGAAUUUUCGAUGGUUAGCUGAUUCAGGUUUUAUAGUGGAUGAUCGGGUUUCGCCACUCUGCUUCAAUUGCAAACAAAAAGGCCAUAGUUCAAGGGAAUGUCCAGAACCUAGGAAAGAGAUCGAAAAACAUACAUACUUAACAUGUCAAAAUUGCAAAUCAUCCGAACAUAUUACAAAAUAUUGCCAAGAAGAACGACGCGAUUAUUAUGCAGAAGCUCGUGAUCGUAAAGUUUCUACAGGAUGUUUCAAAUGCGGUUCAACUGAGCACAUUUCUCGCGAUUGUGAAGAAAAAGGUAACGAUGGUGAAGAUGAUCAAAAAAAUUUUCGAAAUAACCAAACCUGCCAUAAUUGUAAUCGUGAAGGGCAUAUAUCGCGCGACUGUCCAGAACCAAAACGAGGCGGACGGAAAUGUUAUAAAUGUAACGAAGAAGGUCACAUGUCAAAAGAUUGUACUGCUGAUAGCAAUAGUGGUGGAGAUUACGAUAGAGGAAAUUACAACAACAGCGGUGGAUGGGCAAAUGAGACUUCAUGGAAUAAGCCAGCUUGGAACACGCAACAAGAACAAGUUGGCGAUACUUAUUCUCAAGAAAACACAAGGAACAGAGGAGGAAACAGAGAAUCGUCUUGGUCCAAGGGUAGAGAUAAUCCUCGUGAACGGGAUGAUUAUUAUGAUCGGGGUAAUGAACGCAAUGUAACAUCCACUUCUUGGGUGGCACAUGGUGAAUAUGAAAAUUCGCGAGGUCGUAAUAACGAGCCAAGAAAUGGUGAUUAUGAAAGUUCGCGAGGUCGUAACAACGAGCCAAGAGAUAAGUGGAGAAAUGAAAGUUAUAAUAAGAGUUCUGGUGAUGAUGACUGGGCAAGAAACCAAGAAUCACCUACACAAUCGACAAGAUCAAACGUGCGAAGAUCUGAUGCUCAAACAUCUAAUUUAGAUAGCAAGCCUUGGUGGUAA